UUUGUCCUGUAGAGGGCGCUGGAUUUACACUGACGUCUCUGAUCCUGCUGCAUCAGUUGGAGGAUAAGAUGAAAGCUCACCGCUGCCUCAUGGACUUCCUGCUUCAGACAGGCCUUCUAGACCGCCUCACUUCCACAGUGGUGCGCAUGUCCCCGAUGGCCACGCGACUCUUGCUAUGCGAACAUGCGGAGAAGCUCUCGGCUGCCAUCGUGCUGAAGAACCAUCAUGCCAAGCAUCCAGAGCUGGUGAACACGGCCAUCCUGUCGGCACUGAAGAAGAGCAACACCGACAUACCGUCCAACCUCACGCCUGCAGACGUGUUCUUCAGAGAGGUGCCAGACUUCAGCACCCUGAUCAUCAAACUGGAAUGGAGAAUAUAUGUGACCCUGGAGCACAAAAGCAGUCUUAAGUAGU